UAGCAAUUUUUCAUUAGUUAACAGUGAUUGUCCUGCAUCGUUAGAUCAAAAUUAGUGUGGAAAAGUGAAAAUUUUGUUCGCAGAGCGGAGAUUAGUCGCCUUUCAGAUAAACAAGAAAUUUUCUUCUUUUACUGUGUGGAAUUUAAGAAAAUAUUGACUUCACAUUGGAAGGAAAAAUAUUUUCGGCGGUGAAUAACUUUCUCACUGCUUCUACAAUAGCCAAAGAAAUCAGACAACUAAUGACUCGACACACAAAUGACUCACCCGACAAUGCCACUCCGACAGAAGAUACAGCCGAACAGACAACACCUAUCACACCGCCGCCAGCGGCUAGUGUUGUUCGUUUUAACCGUGACUUAAGCAUUGACUCGGUUCCGCCGAGAAGUGCAGCAUCCAGCUCUGAUGGCGUAUUUUUUGGUAAUCGUAAAGGAAUUGAUGCAACGAAUAAUCGUAAAUUAAUAUCGAAAAGUAAAAUGAAAGAAUUUCGUGAAGCUUUCCGACUAUUUGAUAAAGAUGGUGAUGGAUCCAUAACGAAGGAAGAACUAGGUAGUGUGAUGCGAUCGCUUGGUCAAUUUGCUAGAGUUGAAGAAUUACAAGAGAUGCUUCAAGAAAUUGACAUCGAUGGCGAUGGCAACGUUAGUUUCGAAGAAUUCGUGGAUAUUCUUUCGAAUAUCACCGACGCAACUACCGAAACGUCGGCCGACCAAGAAGAACGAGAAUUAAGGGACGCUUUUCGUGUGUUUGAUAAGCAUAAUCGAGGCUAUAUCACUGCGUCUGAUUUGCGUGCGGUUCUGCAAUGUUUAGGCGAAGAUUUAGAUGAAGACGAGAUUGAGGACAUGAUCAAGGAGGUUGAUGUGGAUGGAGAUGGUAAAAUAGAUUUUUACGAAUUUGUACAUGCGCUCGGCGAGCCAGAAGAUUCGCAAGACAUUGACGAGGAGGAUGACUUUGUAAAUUCACCAUUACCCACACCAAAGUCAACUGAUCCAUCAUUCAGUGACAUUCUGUCUCAAUGAUUGACGCGCAAUGUCAAAGCAAACGCAUAAUCAAAUUUUUAACAAAAAAAAAAACAAAAGAAAAAUUUAUAUUUCAAAGAGCUUUUCCAUAAUAUUUACUCAUUCGUCAAUCAUUUUCUUCUCUUUUUAAGUGUUAUAAAAUAUAAAAGUCACACAUAUCAAGUGUUCAAGCUUUUCUAUCUUAAAUAAAUGAAAUUGUAUUAUGUGAAAAUUUAAUCAAAUCUAAUCAACUCUCUGUGAACGUAACAAUUUUUUGGAAAUCAAUCACAUUUUCCUUUGCUCAUCAUUCACCAGGCGUGAGAGUCGCACAGAGAAAAAUCGGAUAAGUUGUAAAUUUCCAAGUGUCGGAAAGAACAGGUUAAGACCAUUCACGAAGACAGUGGCACCCAAAUUUUCUGGUGACGCCUCAACGAACUUAAAAGACAAUUUUCUGUGAAUAUUACACAUUUAUAUAGAAAAUAUCCACUGCUUACAAGCACUAUCAUGGAAACAUUUGUAGUAUAAUUGAUAGUUGGUAACUGUAGCUAUACGCGAAUGAGACCUAAUUCAAAUUUUCCCUUUUUUUAUAUUGUCAAACUUAACAGGAGAACAAAGAACAAUUUGAAUUAGGACUUCUUCUCUUCACGUCGCUUUUUUUUCGUACACAGUCAGGAGGGUAUGUGUAAAACACAUACAAAUUUUCUAUAUGCAAUUUUUGUCUUUUCGACACCUGACAAUCGAGUGGCGCUACACAAUACUAAAACUAUAUCAUUCUUUUGGUAUGUCAGCAGCUCGAAGGUGUCUUAACUUGUUCUUUCAGAACCUAGGUAGACAAAUUUUUCAACGGUUCUCGCGUCUUUCAUUCAAAAUAUCAAAAUUAACUUUAUGAAAUUUGUGGCCGAAAAGUUUAUUAGGUUUAUUCCAAGAACCGUACCGUGAACAAAAUUUUAUAUGCUAUGCCUGAAUUGGACUUUGUUUAGUUCGUGUUCGAAAUGUUUUGUUCGCUGAAAUAGUCACUUGGAAUAAACCUAUCGAUAGACUAAGCCAAAAAGGAAUAAUCCAUUCAGUACGUAAAAUCAAAUGAAAACAUCGUUUUCGCAACAAGUGACAAAAAGUAGGAAUUUCCUUUUCCUUUAUUGCGAAAAACGUUGUAUACAACUCGAUGAUAUAAUGCUUUUUUAGGCACACGAUGUAUAUAGUCACACUCGGCCUACGGCCUCGAGUGACAAUAUUCGCAUCUAGUGUCUAAAAAAGCAUUCAUCACUCGGUUGUAUAAAUAACUAAAUCGCUUGAUCUUUUCAACUCUAGUGCUAUAAUUAAAAUGUGCGAAAGAUAACAUAAUUUCGUAACUUG